GGAAAGCUGGUGGCCGACGUGGCCAAGCGUCUGGGGGUGAGGCACGUGGUGUUCAGCGGCCUGGAGAACGUGGGGCGGCUGACGGGCGGCAAGGUGGAGGUGCUGCACUUCGACGGGAAGGGCGAGGUGGAGGAGUAUUUCUGGUCCAUCGGCGUCCCCAUGACCAGCGUGCGCGUGGCAGCUUACUUCGAGAACUUUCUCUCUUUCUUUAAGCCAGCGAAGGCCCCUGCUGGCGAUCACUACACCUUGGCACUGCCCAUGGGGGACGUUCCGAUGGAUGGAAUCUCUGUUGCUGAUAUUGGUCCAGCCAUCUGCAGCAUUUUCCAGUCUCCAGAGGAGUUUCUAGGCAAGGCCGUGGGCCUCAGUGCAGAAGCUCUGACGGUUCAACAGUACGCUGAGGUUUUGUCCAAGAGUUUGGGGAAGGACGUCCGAGACGCAAAGAUCACUGCGGACGCUUACGAGAAGCUGGGCUUCCCUGGAGCAGAGGAAAUGGCCAAUAUGUUUCGUUUCUAUCAGAUGAAGCCCGACCGUGACGUCAAGCUCACCCACCGACUAAACCCCAAAGUCAGAAGCUUCAGCCAGUUCCUCUCGGAGAACAAGGGAGCCUUUAAGGACAUGUAGGAGUCAGCCGUGCGGUCCUGCCCUGCCCACAGCCCCGCCGUCUCUGACUCCCUCCCAGCAUCACGCACACAUGUAGAGAACACACGUGUUAGCACAUGGUGACGAGGGCUCCCCGCAGCCCUCUCCUCCGUAGGACACAGCGCACUGGGGAUUUGGCUCAGGGCCUGGGCUCGCGCUUACCUGUCCAGCUCGGGAGAAGCCCCACACUCAGAUCACCCUGUCUCUCUGCAACUCCAAGCCACCGCGAGGGCCGUGGCCUGAGGCGUCUGCUUCUGUACCGCGGAUGGGAGGCCAUUCGGGUUCCUCUUGGGUGUGUGAUCUCAAGUCCUGGCCUUGAAAUUCCCUGGGCAGCCGCUUUUCUCAGGGGCAUUGCGAAAUUACCAAGCAUUUUAAAGUAACUUUCGCUAAAAAGUAAACGUCUUCGUAGACACUUUCUGGGGACCGUGGUGUUC